AUGUGUGGUAUGGACGUGGACCUGGACGAUGGCGGUUCAGGCGAGGAGGAGAAAGAGGAGGAGUUCUGGAUCGGGGAGGGAGUGAAGAUGCUCCCCCCUCCCGUGGCCCACAGCGGGGGCAGCGCGUGGGGCAGCCGCAGAGGCAGGUGCGGCUGCGUGGCCUGCGGGGCAGCGCUCAUCCUCUGGAACCUGUGUGUCGUCUUAGCCAGCGCUCUGCUCCUGGCGGUGGUCUUCUCUGUGGUGCUGCUGCCUGCAAUGCUGCUUCUGUACGUCGGUUUCCUCUGCCACUCCAGGGUCCUUGACGCCCCCUCUGCCAUCUGCCGUUACCUUGACGAUAACAGCUGCUCCGCCCUCAUCAUCCUGGGCUUCGUGAUGAUGUCGCCGCUCGUGGUCGUGGCGGCCGCCGUCUUCUGUGGCCUGCUCCGAAGGUUUCGACUCCUGCUUCUCAUUCAGCCAAUCACGCGAGCCUGGUACAGAGGGCAGCUGCUGGACUGGGUGGGCGAUAUCCACGCCUGGGUCUGA